GCAUUUUGGCACUAACAGAAAAUUAAAAAUUAUUUUUUAUUUUUGUCGUAUAUUUACAGUGAUUGACAGUUUGAUUAAUUAUUUAUCAAUCCAUUGAUUAUUCAUUAUGUGAUUUUCAAGAAUAUAAAUAUAUAUUUUUUGAAUAAAAAAGUACAAAUGAUCAAACAUUCUAAAUUACAUCCUUGGUAAUCAUCAUUUUGAUUGUUAUCACGGCUCCUCUAACGUGUAAUAACAGUAACGUUUUUUUCUUAGAAUUCAGUGAUUUUAUAUCCCUGUUUUCAAAUGCAAAAAUAAUUUAUAGUAUCACAUAAUUAACGAAUAAUUCCGAGUUAAACAAGAAAUUUACUACUAGAUAUUACACAGAAAGCUGUCGUUGAUCUUGUUGAUAGUCUCCAAGUAAUAAACAUUAAAUGUAACUUAUGCAAAACAAACAACAUUAAUGUGUUUGUUUGUUGAUGUUAUUAUUAAAUUGUACAAGUGAAAAUUGAUUUAUCUAAUUCCUGUACAGAUGAUUAUAUAAAUUUUAGUUUCAAUAGAAUUUUAUUGGUGGCAUUUCGUCAAGUUAACCUUAAACUGAACAAAUUCAUUCAUUAUUUUUCUAUUCAAGAAUAGUGUACAAGUAACGGGUUGUAUUUGUGAUAUUAUGAUUUUUGUUUAAAUAAAAAAUUGAACAAAAUGAUUACACUAAAAGGGAAAUUAAAGAAAAAUGGAGAAGAACCUCAUUCAACAAACCGAGAGUAUAGAAGAGUUUCUAUUCGAGAUAAAUUACUAGUAAAAGAGGUCCAAGAAAUGGAGCAAACACUUCCAAGUACUUGUCAAGUCCAAUUUGAUGAUCCUCAUCGUUUGCAUGAAUUUACACUAAUUAUUGUACCUGAUGAAAGCUAUUGGUUAGGAGGAAAAUUUUACUUUAAUAUUCAUAUACCAGAAGAGUACAAUAUGACGCCACCCAAAGUAAAAUGUUUGACAAAACUUUGGCAUCCAAAUAUUAAUUUAGAUGGAGAAGUAUGUUUAUCCAUUUUGAGACAGAGCAGUAUUGAUGGUAUGGGAUGGGCUCCAACACGAAAACUUAAAGAUAUUGUGUGGGGUUUGAAUUCACUUUUUACUGAUCUUUUGAAUUUUGAUGAUCCUUUAAAUAGAGACGCAGCUGAAUUAUUCUUGAAGGAUAAAGAAUUAUUUAGAAGUAAAGUACACGAAUAUGUAACGCAGUAUGCGAAAAGAUGAUUCAAGAUAAAAUUUUUUUGUGCUGUCUCUCAAGAAUUGAACUGUACAAUUAAUUGUCGAUCGAUGCAUUUUCAUUACAAUCGUACUUGAAAAUUAAAAAAUUACACUUUCUAAAAACCGCGCAAAUUACUUUAUUUUAUAUAGAAUAUUUUGCUACUAGUCUUCUUACACGUAUCUACUUAAAAUUAUAACAAUUAAAUAAAAUUUUUCUUCCUUUAUUUUCUAUUUUUCAAUGCUCAUGUUAUGUAUAACAA